GGUGUACUCCUAUCAAAGACUUAUAACAGACAAUGUCUUGCAGCGCUUACUUAUAAAAAGUCCAUUGCGAGAUACUGUCGCUUGAAUGUCAUUAAUGAUCACUGCAUGACCAAGUCAUGCAGAUGACAUCAACGACGAAAUUACCAUUUAUUACAAACGGAGCCCAAAGUCAUUUAAGACGUAACUUUUCCGUAUAAUACGGUAGACAGAUUGAUGGGAUUAUUUGCAUUAGCAGCAUUUAUUUGCUUUAACUCGUGAAUAAUCCUCUCACAAAUGCGCAUUGGCUCGAUGGAAAUGCACGAAAUAAAUGAGCAUUUAUACUGGAUUUUCCAAUUUGCAUUUGGCAACGCUGUCCAAAAUUGGCAUAUAUUUUCUAUUGUGAAUGGUGACUGUGGUUGACAGCACGGAAAUAAUUAAAAGAGAAUCCGAAAACAAGCAUAUCAGAAGUAAGUUAUUUUAAAAAAUUUGUUAAAAAUAAAUGAAAUAUAUUAAAAAAAUGAAUUAUAUCUAAUUUCAGAUGGCCAGCGAUAAAAAACGCAGUACUUGGAGCACCAGCGACGAGAAAGUGCUAUUGGAUUUAUGGGCGGAACGUGCGGAUGACUUGCGACGGGCGAAGCGCAAUCUGCAUAUAUAUGCGGAUAUAUCGACACAGAUGGCGUCAAAGUUUAGUGCAAAGGAGGUCCACAUAAAAAUCAGAAACAUGACCCAAAGAUAUAGAGAAGAAAAGAAAAAGGUAGGACCAUCUGGUGGGAGUCCCUCGCUGUGGAAACAUUUUGACGCAGUCCACCAAAUCAUCGGUUUCAACGCAGCAAACAACGCUGAGAUUUUAGAAUCUUUUUCAAUGGAUAUAUUGACAUCAGGACCGCAGCCGGUGCCAUCACCAUCGAGUUUAGCGUCCCCAUCCCCAGUGCCUCAGUCGUAUCCAUACGCUGCUGCUGCACCGUCAUCAACCGCAGCACAUCCAUCGUCACCAACCGCUGUACCUUCACCGUCACCAUCGCCUCAAACUUCGUCACCGCUUUCGUCGCCGGUGGAGUUGUCCAGUUCUUCGCCACUUGACACUUCGAACAUAUCUUCGACUGCAGCUUCCACAUCCUCUAAAAGGAAAAGAAAUUAUAUGGGUGAGGUGGUGCAAUUAGCUAAAGAGCAAAACGAGCUGUUAAAAGUGGUCAUAGACGACGGAAAAGUUUUAACAGCAGAAUGCGUUAAUGCUAUUAAAGAGCAAAGUAGUGCUACAAAAGAAUUCAUUAGUUUAAUGAAAAGCGUUUUGGAAAAACUGUAACUUUAAGUAGUAUACAUAUGUAUGUUUUAACACCCAUGAACAAAAAAAAAUGGGUGUGCGGCAUUUUGAUAAAUUUUGUUUGUAUUUGGCUUUUGUUUAUUUAAUGUUUAUUAACAUUUUACAAAAUUCUAGCGUAUUAUAUAACAAAGAGCAUAUGUAAAAUUCCACAUUUCAAAGUUUCGAAUUCAUAAAAACUG